UUCAUAAGUGUGGGACUGUGUCAAAAUUAUGACUCAGCUGUUGAACUUUUGUGAUCAUUCAAUCAGGUACUUAGUGCCGGUUGCAAAAAAGCCGGGUUAUCUCCAAUCCCAUGGAUUUAUCUCCUAACUUCGCCGGUAUUCUCAUGGGUCUCACUAACUGUGCAUCCAACGUGGCGUCUACACUUGCUCCCUUGUUUGCUGGAUUUGUCAUCAAAGAUGAGAAAAAUGCUGACGAAUGGGCAAUUAUCUUCUACGCAUGUGCAUUAGUCUUAAUCAUCAGCAAUGCUGUAUUUUUGGUUUUUGGUUCUACAAAGAUUCAAAAAUGGAACUCUCAAAGUGAUGGCUGAAUAUUUUUUGUAAAUAAAUUAUUUAUUAAUAUAUUUUA